AUGGCUUUUACUGAUCAACACAGCUUUGAACGAAUAAAAGAAGUCACCAACCGAGCAAGAAAAGAAUCCGAGUUGGAAAAAAAUAUUUUUGCUGAAAGCUCUACCCAUGACGAGUUGACUGGAAAAGCUUCCGAGUUUGAAAAUUUCUCCAAAAAGUGGGCGCAAAUUGUUACUGGCAUGAUAGAAAAAGGCAACAUUUUAGACAUCAGUAACGAAUCUGAGAUCUUAGAUGCGUUAGAAGCUAUGACUCAAAAAAUUCUGGUGGUGCAAAAGUCCUUGGCAGGUUUUCUGGAAACAAAACGAGAAGCAUUUCCUCGCUUUUAUUUCCUCUCGGACGACGAUUUGCUUUUUAUCAUUGGUCAAGGAUCUCCAAAGGGGAUACUUCCUCAUCUUAAAAAAUGUUUUGGUGGUCUGACAAAUUUGGAAAUUGUCGAAAAAAGAGAAGAAAAAAUGCGUGAAGUAAAAAUUACCAGGCAUGCUAAAGGGAUGUAUUCUGAUUUUGAUGAGUAUGUUGAAUUUUCAAAUCCCAUCCUCCUUGAAGGACCAGUUGAAAAAUGGAUGACAAAAGUGGAAGAAAUGAUGCGCUUCUCCCUUUUAUCUUCAUUACCUAAAAGUUUACAUGCCUGCUGUCAUGUACUUGGAAAAGAUUUGAAUCUCACUGAAGCUAAGUGGUUAAAUAAUUGGCCUAGCCAAAUUUGCAUUCUUUCAGUGAAAAUUGCUUGGACAGCUGAAGUUACACAUGCUAUAAAUGAGGUACAAGAAAUGGCUGCUAUUGGACCGCUGAAAAAUUUGAGAAAAAAAUGGAGGGAAAUUUUAAAUCAGUUUACCAAAAGGUUUCAAAAUGAGCAACAAAUCUUGCUUCAAAUGAAGGCCAUGGCUAUACUGCUGACUUUAGCACAUGCAUGCGAUGUUAUUGACUCACUGAUAAAGUACAUGUGCAAUGAUCCUUCAGCAUUUGAAUGGCUGGUGAACUUAAGGUAUUACUAUGAUGAAACUGAAAAAGAUUGCUUCAUCCAUCAGACCAAUGCAAAGUUAAAGUAUCAAUAUGAAUUCCUUUCAUGUGGAGAAAGACUUGUUAUUACUCCAUUGACAGAGAGAUGUUUUUUAAGCCUGACAAUGGCAUUACACUUGCAUCAGAGCAUAUUACUUCAAGGUCGUGAUGGUGUUGGUAAAACUGAAACUCUAAAAGAGCUCGGAAGAUGCAUUGGUAAUUAUGUUAUGGUAGUCAGUUGUUCUGAAACACUAACAAGUUCUGCUCUUAUUCGUAAUGUUUCAGCCAUUUCUCAGAUUGGUGUAUGGUGUCUAUUGGAACACUUUGAUCAACUAAAUUUGGAAAAAGUUACGGUAAUUUCUCAGCAAAUAAAUGCAAUUUUUGAAGCAUUUAGAAGUAAUGCUGACAGUUUUUCUUUUGAAGGAGCGAACAUUCCUAUCAAAGAAGGUUUCAGUUUAUUUCUUUCUGUUAGCUCAGCAUGCUCUGUCUCCAAGUAUGAAUUGCCAUCAUCAUUAACAAACACUUUCAGACCACUAUCAAUGAGUGCUCCUGAUAUGCAAAUGAUUGUCCAAGUUCAUUUAUUUGCAUAUGGGGUUAAAGAAUUCAAGACUUUGGCCCUUGACCUUAACCAAAUUUUUUCAUUGGCUCAAGAGCAAUUGCCUUUGCAUAAGCAUUAUGAUUUUAGCCUGAGAACUGUUAUGUCAUUUUUGAAACUUUUUAAAAAGAAGAAAGAUUUAUUACCUGAUGAAUCAGAUGGUGAGCUCAAGGAACCUGUAGAAGUUAUUUUGAAGAAAAAUGUUCUACAACCAUUGACCUCCUUGGUGCAAAAAGUGAUCCAACUUCAUGAAAUGAAAAAGUUGUUUCAUGCAUUGAUUCUUGUCGGGGAUGGUGGCACCGGAAAGACUACCACUUGGAAAACGUUGAGAGAUCUCUAUUCGCAUUCAGAAUCUGGUGCAAAAUUCCCAUCUGUAGAGGUGCCUUUCUUUCUAAGCAAUGAAAAAUGGAUAGUUUUGGAUGGGCCGAUGCACAUGGAUUGGCUGAUCAAUUUGCAUUCAUUGAUUGAUAAUAACAAGAUUUUUACUGUUUCAAAUGGAGAGACAAUUUUUCUUCCUGAAGAGCAUUUGGAUGAAGAAGCAGCUUACAUCGAUGAAACUAAGCUAUGUAAUGUAUUUUGGUUCUCUGCCAUAUGGUCUGUGGGAUCAUCUAUUGACAAGAAAGGACGAGAAAUAUUCAGCAAUUACAUACGAACAUUAGAUGAAUCUUUAAGACUCUUAGACACUGUUUUUGAUUAUUUCCUUGAUGAAGAUUUGCAGUGGACCCUAGUUAAAUCUUCAACUCUGCAUAAACUUAUUGAGGAUGAAUUAGAGAGAACAAAAGGAAGUAUGGUUCGACCAAGGCGAAAUAAAUUGCUUUGCUUUUUGGAUGAUUUAAAUUCAGCAUCUUGUGACCAAUACGGUUUUAUGUCUGUACUAGAAUUGAUUCGUAUGACAAUUGACCAUAAUAUCUGGUACAGUGAUAUCAACCGAAAAUUUAAUGCUAUUGAGGGUGUACAUUUCAUGGCUUCUGUGACUCCUCCUGGCAGACCUGGAAAUCAGAUUCCUGAUCGCUUGUUGAAUAGAUUUUGUGUUAUCAGGCACUUUCCUCCUGAGGUUUUUGAUCGCUUGCUCAUUGCAGCUCCGGAGCUUAUUAGCAAAUCUCUUUUGAUAAGGUUUUGGUGUCACGAGUGCUCUCGGGAAUUUUCUGACAAACUUAUGAAUGUGGCUGAAAAAGAACGUUUCACAGAAAUCAUGGAUGAAAUUGUGAUGUCUUGUUUUUCUGAUGAUGUUGGUGAUAUGUCUAACAUUCAUAACACUUGGUUUGUAAAAUUUUUAAAGGAAGAUAAAAGUAUUGUUGAAGUUGAAGAUAUCAUGAUUUUAGAGAACAAGUUCCAAGAAUCUGUGGAUGUGUUGAACAAGCAUGGCUUUCAAACUCCUGUUCAAAGAAAUGAACUUCCAAAUUUAACAGAGGAUCACUCUCUCCUAAACAUGGUCUUCUUUAAGAACUUUGUUGAUCAUGUUCACCACAUAGUGCGAGGGCUUACUGAACCUUUUGGGCACAUGUGUUUGAUUGGAAGUCCUGGAACUGGUAGACGUACUCUUAGUAGAAUUUCAGCUGUUUUGCUGAAAUACUAUAGAUUUGAAAUCACUUCAGGCAUGAAUUAUGGUGAAGAUGAAUUUAAAAGAGAUCUACGAAUGUUACUUCAUGAAACUGGUGUGAAUCAGAAGAAAGUAGUAUUUUUACUUUCUGAAGAACAAAUAGCUGAGAAUUAUUUUUUUGAAUAUCUAAGCCUUAUUCUGUCUUUGGAAAAUGUAACCGACUUCUAUAGAGGAGAUCGGGAUCUCCGAAACGAUAAUUAUAGUUCAAAUGAAGAUUUUAUGCAAAGAUCUGAAAUGUUUGUUGAAAAUGUAAAACAGAAUUUUCAUUUAAUUAUUUCUCUUAACUAUUCUGGAGUUUGGUACAAGAAAUUUUUCCUUAAGUUUCCUGCUCUGUUCAAAAAUGUAACAAUAGACUGUUUUGAUGAAUGGCCCCAAGAAGCAUUAGAAACUGUUGCUCAUUACCAUUUGCAAAAGGUACUUAAUGAGAAAAGAAAGAAAGUUGAAGCUAGGCUGCAACGUCUUUCAUCGGGCCUUAUGAAAAUUAACGAAGCUGAAGAUGCUGUUCGUAAAAUUGCUGCUGAGACGGCAGAGGCGCGUGAAAAACUGAUUGUUGCUGAAAGAGAGUGUGAUGAAGCGCUUGAGGAUCUCCAGAGAAAAAGAAGUGUUGCUGCAUUAAAAAAAGAGUUUAUUCAAGAGAAGAAAGUAGAAAUAGAGAGGAAAGAAAGAGCGUGCCAGAAAAUAGCAGUAGCUGCACAAGAGGAUUUAAAUGCUGCUCUACCUGCCCUAGAAGAAGCUAGAAAGGCUUUGGAGGCUCUAAAUAAAAAAGAUAUUGGAGAAAUCAAAAGUUAUUCCAAACCCCCAGUUCUUGUAGAAAUAGUAUUAGAAGCGGUAAUGAUUCUGAGACAAUCUGAGCCAUCAUGGACAGAGGCAAAGAGACAAUUAGGGAAUCCUUCAUUCUUGAAAGAGUUAUUGGAGUAUGACAGUGAUAAUAUUCCUGAAAGUGCCUUAAAGAAAGUGUUCAAAUAUAUACAAAGACCAGAAUUUCAACCUCAUAUUGUUGGGAAAGUCUCUAUUGCUGCCAAAUCUCUUUGUAUGUGGGUGCGUGCUAUGCACAUGUAUGGCAUGAUAUAUAAGAAAGUUAAGCCCAAGAAAGAGAGGCUGAGAAUUGCUAUGGAAGAACUUGAGAUGCUUCAAAGAACGCAAGCAGAGUUAUUGAGGGAGUUGAAGAAGCUGGAGGAUGAAAUUUUACAGUUAGAGAAAGAACAUGAACUACUGCUUUUGAAGAAGGAGGAGUAUGCGAAAAAUGCAAGACUUCUUGCUUUGAAAUUAGAACGUGCCCAAAAGAUUAUGAGUAGCUUGAAGUCAGAGCAGUUAAAGUGGCAGGAAAAAAUUUCAGUUCUGGAAGCAAAGCAUCAAUUCAUUUUUGGCGAUAGCUUUCUAGCUGCUGGGUUUCUGACUUAUCUUGGUCCUCUGGGUCCUGUUUUGAGGCAGAGUACAUUUCAUGCUUGGAAAAGAAGUGUUAUGGAUUAUAAGUUCUCAUACAAUCCUGAUUUUGAUCCUGUAAAUUUCUUCUUGGAAGAAGAAACUUCCGAUGCUUGGAACAUGCAUGAAUUGCCCUUAGAUCAAUAUUCGUAUGAAAAUGCUACCAUAUUUGGUCAAAGCUACUAUUGUCCAUUCAUUAUUGAUCCUCAAGAGCAAGCUUUCAAAUGGCUAAAGAAUGUAGGAUCUAAUCAGAAUCUCAGGCUCAUUGACUCACAAGAUCCGAAUUGGACUUCUUUACUUGAAGCUGCUGUUCUUGAUGGGUGUCCUGCUUUCUUGUAUAAUGUGAAACCUGAUCUCUUUCCAGCACUAUUACCCUUCCUGGAGCUCAGGCAUAGACCUCUUUUUAUUAGGUUCAAUGGCAAGAGGCUGCAAGUGAAACCCACUUUCUGGUUUUACAUGUCUACUAAGUUGGAAAAACCUACUCUAUCUACAAGUAUCAUUAACAAGGUCAACAUUGUCAAUUUCACUAUAAAAGAAAAAGGUCUUGAAGAUCAGCUUCUGUCUCUGAUUGUGCAUAAUGAGAGAUCUGAUCUCGAAGUUACUAAAAGAAAACUUGUAAAAAGCAUUGCUGACUGCAAAAAGCAACUCUAUGACAUUGAAGAUAAAGUAUUGGGUUUGUUGAGUAAAGCUCAUGGGUCCCUUUUGGAUGAUGAGAAACUGGUUGAAAUGCUGAAUAAAUCUAAGAGUUCAUCCAUUCAAAUUGAAGAGCUACUUGCAUCAAAUGAAAAAACUCAGGCUGUAAUUGAUAAAGCUAGAGAGAAAUACCGCAUCUGUGCUAAAGAUGCUGCAAUUUUGUAUUUUGUGUUGAUUGACUUGAAACAUAUAGACUCAAUGUAUGUCUUUUCUUUGGAUGCUUACUUUGAAUUGUUUAUGGAUUCGAUAAAGAAAUCUCCUCGUGAUCAAGAUUUGGAACAACGAAUUCAAAAAUUAAAAGACUUUCAUUCUUAUGCUGUUUUCAAAUUCGCAUGCAGGACCGUUCGUGAAAAACAUGUCCUGAUUCUUGCUUUCUACAUGAGUGUUAAAAUUUUACAAGGAAAAGGCAAGCUCUCUAAGGAAGAGUUUGAGCUUUUCAUUAAUGUUGGCCAUGAAAGACAUACUUCAUUAGAAAUACCAAAUCCUUGCUCCCAGUGGCUGCCAGCAGUAUGCUGGCAAAAUAUCGUCCAACUUGAACAAAUGCCCAAGUUCUUGGGCAUCACAGGAUCUUUUGAAGACAUGGGGAAGGCUUGGCAUGAGUGGUAUACCACAAUUGAACCAGAAAAGUCAUUUCUCCCAGGAAAUUGGCAAAGCAUUUGUACUGAAUUUCGAAAACUGAUCAUUAUUCGCUGUCUUCGUAUGGAUCGAAUCACCAGCUGCAUUCAUACCUUCAUUAAAAAUAUUAUGGGAGAAAGAUUUCUAGCAUAUCCUCAUUCCAGUUUUUCGGACAUUGUCAAAGAUUCUGUGGCUCAAAGACCUCUUGUUGUAAUUGCUGUUUCUGGUGAUAUAGAUCCUGCAGUGGUUAUAUCUGAACUUGCUAAAGAAUUUCAAAUGCAAAAUAAAUAUCAGUCCAUGGCUCUAAGCCGAGGAGAUGAAUACAAAGCCGCUCAACUAAUUAUUGAUUCUGCAAAGAUGGGACACUGGCUGUUCAUUCAUAACUGUGAGGUUUUGCCUGCAUUCAUGCUUGCUCUCGAGAAGACUAUCAACAAACUGAAUGUCAUUAAAGUUCAUCCCGAUUUUCGACUCUGGCUCGGCACUCAUCCUAAUUCACCAUUCCCUUCUUCAAUUUUGCAGAAUAGUGUUGUUAUUACAUUAGAAUCUCCUCAGGGAAUUAGAGACAAUAUGCUUAACGUGUACAAUUAUGUGCAAAAUACAGAAAGCUAUCGAAAUUGUGAAAAUCAGUCAACCUAUAAAAGUUUGCUGUUCUCUCUGAGUUUUUUCCAUUCGCUUGUGUUGGAAAGGAAAAAGUUUCACUCACUUGGAUGGAAUGCAGAAUAUAAUUUUUCAUUUGCUGAUUUCAAGAUGUCGGAGAAUAUAUUAAGAUUUUAUGCUGAUAAGUACAAGGAGAUACCAUGGGAGGCCUUAAAGGGCCUAAUUGCUGAUGUUAUUUAUGGUGGACAUAUGACCAAUAUCUUGGACAAAAGAUUACUGAUGACUUACUUUGACCAAUUCUUUUGUGAUGAAGCGUGUGCAAAUAUAAAACUUCCUUUGUCUGAUUUGGAGGAAUACUACAUUCCAGAAGAAGGCCCGCUCGAAUCUCAUGUCAACUUCAUCGAAAAUCUUCCCAGUAUUGACUCCCCUGAAGUAUUUGGCCAGCACAGUAAUGCAGAAAUUUCCCAUCGCAUGAAUAGGACAGAACAGCUGCUGAAUAAUUUGUUGAAAAUGCAUGGGGUAGUGUCAACUCUGUUGGAAGAUGACUUCAGUGAUCAAGUUCUUUCAACUGUGCAGGAUUUACAGCAACAAAUUCCCUCGUACAUUGAUGAAAAAAUUAAUUUUGGAGAUAAUCGAGAGUUGUAUAACUGCAUUCUUAUACAAGAGGUGAAAAAGUAUAAUGUCUUAAUAAAGUUAGUGGAAGACACUUUAAAUAAUCUUUAUGACAUGUUGACUGGAAAGCUAAUCAUAACCGAAGCCAAUGAACAGAUUUAUCAAGAAGUAAAAAAAUUAAAAGUGCCUCAAGACUGGCAUUUUGCUUACCCUUCAAUGAAACCCCUUGGGUCGUGGAUAAAGGAUCUGAAGGCCCGUAUCCAACAACUAGCAACGUGGGUGAAAAGGGAAGCUCCUCCUGUUAAAUUUUGGUUACCAGGAUUUAUUUCACCAACAUCUAUAUUAACUGCAGCUAUGCAAUCUUAUGCCAAAGCUAAUGAUGUAGCAUAUAAAGAUUUAGUAUGGGAAUAUCAUGUAUCAACUUUGGAUGAGACUCACAUUCGAAGCCCCCCUUCGGAAGGUUUUUAUGCUCAAGGCUUAUUCCUGGAAGGAGGCGGUUGGGACAAGAGAAAUUCCUUGCUUGUGGAACCUGAACCCCUGCAGCUUUUUACAGCUAUGCCUGUUAUCCAUUUCAAGCCUGUGCUAGAAUCUUCAAUGAGAGGCUUGUAUAGUUGUCCUUGUUAUUACAUGCCAAAACGGAUGGAUGAAUCCGGGAAUUCAACAUUUCUUUUUAAUGUUGAAUUAAAAACCAAGAAAAGUAAAGAGCACUGGAUAAAACGUGGUACAGCAUUGAUAAUGAGUACCAGAAAUUGAAGUUGAACAAAUAUUUUGAUAUUUAAUGUUACUAUAGUGAGAAGAUACUCAUGUUGAUAUUU